GUAUAAUGUGCCUCUAUCAGAAUUUCAACUGUAAAACCUUUUCUGACAUAUAUGCAGUGUAUAGAUGUAUUUAACUGGCUUGAGUGGGAACAAAUUUAACGCAUGUUAUUCUAUAAAAAUUAGCUUAAUAGGUUUAAUUACCAGUCCUUGUAACAUAUUUAUUCAUUUAAUCUGAAUUACACCUGAUUCUUAUUACAUGUACAAUGCAGAUUCCAAUACAAAUUAUACCACAUUUCUCUUAAAAAACGGAACAGUAAAUAACUGAAAAAGUUAAUAACAACACAGAAUGUAUAAUUCUCAGUGUCAAUAGUAUUCACUUUUUGAUGACUUCAUCAAUAGCAUUAACGGUGUGAACAAAGCAUUAGUUUAAACAUAUUGUAUAGAACACAUGUUGAAAUCUAGAUUGGCUCCAACUAGUUGCUUAAAAAAAAAGAAAAGCUAAGAAAUGUUUUGGAUGUAAUUACAAAGGUGGGGCUGACUAUGGGAAGGCUUUUCUGUCUAGAAUCAUUAGUUAAUAUUAACAUGUUAACGCAGUUUAUCCCCUCAAUCUCCAACCCAUGUUAAUAUACAGUAACUGUCUAUCCAGAAUCCCAUAAAAUCAGUAGAGCCUCAAGUAUACAGUCAAACUUCCGGACAAGUUCUGCAGAUUACUAACAAUGUGAAUUAGUUACUGUAAACUGAUUUACUGACAAUGCUGAUUAAAUGGGGAACCGUGUACAGUACGUAUCAGAAUUUCCAAAGUAAGGGGAGGAAAGGAUAAAUUGUGGGAUAGGGAGAAAUGAUGAAAUACUUGCUGUUGUUUCCUGUUUCCUAUGCAUCUUUUUGUCUUGCAGCUAUGAACAGUGGAAUCUGUGUCUGUGUGCUGCUUGCUAUUCUCUCGACGAGCUGCCUGGGGCGUCUCUCGGCAGGGUCUGAUGAUGAGGGUAGUCCUGUGGCAUCUGAGCUGGAUCAGAGUCUCUCAGUGCACCAGAGGCAGGUGCGUGCAGCCACAUCUAAUGGCCAGCUGAAAAUGGCAGAGGGAAACAUGGAGCAAACAGCGAACCUCGGACCACUGCUGACCAGAUAUCUGAAGCAAGCCAGGAAAGGCUCGUCUGGUAGAAACCUAGCUCUGAGCAGCAAAUCACAGACCCUGGAUCUAAACCACAGAAUAAAUGACAGAGAUUACAUGGGCUGGAUGGACUUUGGACGCCGCAGCACUGAAGAAUAUGAGUACCCCUCAUAAGGAGGAUGUCAAACCCCUCCCAAAAAAUAGAAAAUUUGCUCAAAUUCUGUACAGAGAAAUUCAAAAUAAUUGUAAUUCACUGUCCUUGAAAUCUGUAUUUCACAAACUAUAUUAAAUAUUUGAUGUACUACAUGUGUUUGUAGAACUAGAUGAUGAAAUAUAUACAUUAUAGCCAAAUUUUGCAGGAAAAAUAAAAGUCUUUAUCUGGUUUCUUUUCCUAAUGUUAAGACUAUAUUAUUAAAACCAUUUAAAAUCUCUUGCCCUGUCGCCAGGAAGUUGUCGGGUUUGCAGAAUAAAUAAAGGCAGUUUAUAAUCUUUGUUUUAUAUUCUGUAUGCACUAAAAUAUAGUGUAUUUAGACAAUUCAUUUGCAGGUUCAUGCUUCAUUUUACAAUUGUAUUAAUUUGGAGUGGUAACAGGAUUUUAAAAUAAUCUUUCUUUUAUGAACUA